GAAACUGGGGGAUACAGCAUCAAUGUAAUGAUUGACUUGUUCGAUCCAAUGAGCAUGAAACAGUUGGCUAGUUCUACAUUUUUGCCUCUAUAAAAAGGGUCAAACAACAUAUACUCUCUGGGCACUAGUACUUCGAACAUACAGAAAAUGGGCUGUCAAAUUCGACAUCUUAUGUUUUUGGGCACGUUGGCAUGUUUUGCCUCAGUUGUACUUUCUAAGCAGGGAACUUCUGUUUACUAUGCUCGACCUUAUCUUCCAUCGGCAUGCUAUGGCAACCGAAACCAAGGCAUCAUGAUAGCAGGUGCUAAUCCUACGUUGUACAAUGGUGGAAAAGUAUGUGGAAGAAGGUAUAAAGUUAGGUGCUUGGGAGGCACCAACAAAACACCACAUCCUUGCAAAAGGGGUGAAAUAACUGUAAAAAUCGUAGAUCUUUGCCCAGGCUGCGGAGCGAACGAGAUUACUCUCUCUCAAGAUGCCUUCUCGAGGAUUGCUAAUCUUAAGGCUGGGAGAGUCCGCAUCGACUAUAUCCAGUAGGCAAACUUGCAAUUU